AUGCGAAACCCACCUACUGGUGGUAACACUCCUCCCGGUGGCAGCACUCCUCCCGGUGGCAGCACUCCUCCCGGUGGCAGCACUCCUCCCGGUGGCAGCACUCCUCCUGGUGGCAGCACUCCUCCUGGUGGCAGCACUCCUCCCGGUGGCAGCACUCCUCCCGGUGGCAGCACUCCUCCCGGUGGCAGCACUCCUCCCGGUGGCAGCACUCCUCCUGGUGGCAGCACUCCUCCCGGUGGCAGCACUCCUCCCGGUGGUAGCACUCCUCCUGGCGGCAGCACUUCCCCUCCAUGUGAGGAAUGCGAAAACCCACCCACUGGUGGCAGCACUCCCCCUCCUUGCGAGGAAUGCGAAAACCCGCCUUCUGGUGGCAGCACACCUCCUGGUGGUAUGACUCCUCCUGGUGGUAUGACUCCUCCUGGUGGUAUGACUCCUCCUGGUGGUAUGACUCCUCCUGGUGGUAUGACUCCUCCUGGUGGUAUGACUCCUCCUGGUGGUAUGACUCCUCCGUGUGAGGAAUGCGAAAACCCGCCUCCUGAUAGCAGCACACCUCCUGGUGGUAUAAUUCCUGGUGGUAUGAUUCCUGGUGGUAUGAUUCCUGGUGGCAUGAUUCCUGGUGGUAUGACUCCUCCGUGUGAGGAAUGUGAAAACCCGCCUCCUGAUAGCAGCACACCUCCUGGUGGUAUAAUUCCUGGUGGUAUGAUUCCUGGUGGUAUGACUCCUAGCGGCAGCACUCCGUGUGAGGAAUGCGAAAACCCGCCUCCUGAGGAUUGUGAAGAGGGGGAGGGCUUUUAG